UACACCUAUCACUCUCCUAUUCAGUUUCCCCAUUGCGACUGUUGUGCAGAAUUGAAGAGAUGCGCAAGUUGGUGACCAUGCUCCUAGGGCUCCUGCCCAUGCUGGCAAAUGUAAUCAUACUCUAUGUGCUCGUCAUAUACAUCUUUGCCAUUGUGGGAGUCCAGCUGUGGGCAGGGGACCUGCUUAACCGCUGCUUUUUGCCAGAUGAGAUGCUUGCAAUGUACAGCAACUUAACUCCGAGCUACGCGUCCGUCCCUGGCGAAAGAUCUCCCUUCAUCUGUAGCCUUGAAGAUGGCAUGCGGGUCUGUGAAGACAUACCUCCCAGUCGUGAAGGCAGUCUCAUCUGUACAUUACCCGCUCCCCAUCUGGAUCCACUUGCUUCGACCCGUAAUGGUAGUGAAUGUGUUAACUGGAAUGCAUACUACAACAUAUGUCGUUCUAGUGGACAAAACCCAAACUUGAACUCUAUAAAUUUUGACAACAUCGGCUACUCCUGGAUUGCCGUUUUCCAGUCUGUCACGCUGGAAGGCUGGUCUGACAUAAUGUACUAUGUGAUGGACGCAAAAUCCUGGUGGAGUUUUGUGUAUUUCAUCGUCCUCACAAUUCUCGCCUCCUACAUCAUAAUGAACACAUGUGCCGUUGUUAUUGCCACCCACUACUCAGAUGCCAUGAAACAUGAACCUGGAAGGAAGUUUCCUGGUACUGUGAGCUUCCGUGAAGUUUGGAAUGCUAUAAAGGCGAGGGUUUCAAAACUCAUCUCAAGAGUGAGUGACAUAUGGGGCUCCAAUCAUCACCACUUAGCGGAAUCAUCACCACUGGGCCGGUGCUGGCUGCCUAUCCGUAGGAAGCUAGAGGCGCUUGUGACAGGGAACGUCUUCAACAGGUUUAUCACAAUUGCUAUUUUGCUCAACAUCCUAACCAUGGCCAUCGAGCACCAUAACCAGCCAGAGAUGAUGACGAAUGUGUUACAGAUCUCUAACUAUGUCUUCACGGGUGUGUUUGUCAUGGAGAUGGUCCUGAAACUGAUGGCCUUGGGGUCUGACUACUUUAUGGACUGGAGCAACAACUUCGACUGUCUCAUAGUUAUCAUUAGUUUGUGGGAACUGCAAGCUGAUACUGACAGCAGACUGUCGGUUCUGCGUGCAUUUCGAGCCCUGCGGUUUGGGAGGCUUGUGCAUUUCCUCCCCUACCUGUACAGACAACUGAUGGUGCUGAAGAGGACCAUUGAGGAGGCAGCUAUGCUGUGCUGGCUGCUGUUCUUCAUUGUCUUCCUCUUCAGCGUUGUGGGAAUGCACAUCUUCGGCUGCGAAAUUAAGGGAGACAUAGGCGAUUACGGCAGCAGAAGCUUCGACAAGAUUGACUCGCGGAAAAACUUUGACAACCUCCUGUGGGCCAUGGUCACAGUGUUCCAGGUUCUGACGUUAGAAGAUUGGAACUUUGUCCUUUACAACUGCAUGGCCUCCAUCUCACCAUGGUCUGCUCUGUUUUUCGUGUUGAUGAUUAUUGUGGGAAAGAACGUGAUUCUCAACAUCUUGGUGGGGAUUGUUGUUGAGAACUUCCAGAACCAGCCUGAAGAUCACGCAACACUUUCAGGAAUUCCUUCAACCGUUAUCUCUCAUAGCGCUGGAGAUACCGAACAAGACCAACAGUCCACCACUGUUCAGGUGCAGCCACUUCAGGUGGAAGACGCGAGAGCUGUCCCGAUUGACCAGGACCUGCGAGCUGUAGGCUGGAAGCGCUGGUUCAAAGAGCGUGAAGAUUGGUCCUUCUAUGUGUUUUCUCCACAGAACAGAUGGCGUCUAUUUUGCGACAAACUGGUGUCCCACAGGUAUUUCAACUCGGGGAUUCAGUUUAUCAUCAUGCUGAACUGCAUUACUAUUGCUUUUGAGAGGCCUUCCAUCCUGCCCGAUAGCAAUGAACGAUAUUACUUGGAUAUAUUCAAUGACUUCUUCUCCGCUGUCUUUCUCGUGGAAAUGCUACUGAAGAUGAUCGCACAUGGACUGAUCAUUGGGGAGACCACCUAUUGCCACAGUCCCUGGAACAACUUGGACGCCUUUCUGGUAUUCAUGUCUAUAUUAGACGUCGCCAUCCUACUGGGAACGGAGGAGGGAAGUUCCAGACCUCUGGCCAUCCUUAAAAUACUGCGUCUGCUGCGUACGCUCCGUCCCCUCAGGAUGAUUGAUCGAACCCCCCAACUGAGACUGGCCGUGGUGGCGCUGUUAGCUUCUGUUAAGCCCAUGGGAAACAUCAUUAUCGUUUGCGGCAUUUUCUUUUUCUUUUACGGCAUCCUUGGAGUGCAGCUGUUCAAGGGAAAGUUCUUUUACUGCCAAGGUUCCAAUGUAUCGAUGAUCGUCAACAAGUCGGACUGUCUCUCAUCCAAUUACGAAUGGUUGCUUAAGGAGUACAACUUCGACAACCUGAUUUCGGCUCUGAUAUCAGUGUUUGUCAUGUACUCCAAGGACGGCUGGGUCGAACUGAUGUAUGACGGGCUUGAUGCUGUUGGAGUGGACCAGCAGCCUAUUCCCAACCACAACCUGUGGAUGCUUCUCUACUUUAUCUCGUUCAUCCUGAUGAGCUUUAUAUUGCUCGACAUGUUCAUUGGGGUGAUGGUGGAGACAUUCCACAAAUGCCAACGGGAGCAGCGAAUAGCUCAGAAAAUGAAGUCCAGGUCGUCCUCUGAGCUUGAAGAUGAGGCGUUUUUCCUUCAGUAUUCCGCUUCACGUCGAAAAAUACAUUCCAUCUGUACCAGUCCUGCUCUGGAAUAUUCCAUUACGACCUGCAUCUUCAUCAGUAUGUUUGUGAUGGGAGCAGAACACUUCCAACAGCCUAUGUAUGUAACAGUUAUUUUAGAGAGCGUCUUCUACAUCUUAACCCUCUUGCUGGUCAUUGAAAUCAUACUGAAGUUCAUCGCAUUUGGCAUCGUGAGGUUCCUGAAAGAUGGCUGGAACAUACUGGACAUUUUUAUCGUCCUGAUUUCUAUCGUCAGCAUCAUUGUGGCUCAGGUGAAACACGCUGAAAAGAUCCCAAUCAAUAUGAGCAUCUUCCGUGUGGUCAGAGUCCUCAGACUUGCACAAGUUCUCAAGACCACAAAGAUCAAAGUUUUGCUCAAAACCAUCAUCAGGACUCUGUCGCAGGUUGGAAACAUCAGUCUCUUGUUCAUGUUUUUCUUCUUCAUCUAUGCUGCCCUGGGAGUAGAGCUCUUUGGCAAUCUCGCAUGCUCCUUAGACUUCCCUUGCCUCGGCCUGCACCGCCUCAGUGACUUCAACAACUUCAUGCUGUCCUUACUAACGCUGUACAAAGUCAGCACAGGAGAUAAUUGGAGCGGCAUCCUGAAAGACACAAUUCCAAACUGCGAUAUCGAUGACGAGAGGUGGUGUCAUCCCUACCUGGCCUGGGCUUCUCCCAUUUUCUUCACCUCCUUUGUCAUCACGGUCCAGUUUGUUCUCGUGAACUUGGUGGUGGCAGUAAUCAUGCAGGCGCUGAACGACAGCAAGAAGGAAGGAGAUGGGGAAACACAGAUGAAAAUGAGUGUACUUCUCAACGAACCUUCGCUACCUGAGCACCUCCUACAGGAGGACGACACGUAAACUCCAGAGAAACCGCCAUAUUUUCUUUGUAUUGUUUCAGCAUCUGUUUUAAUGUUAAAACACAGUUUAAGGAUGUUCUUGACUUGGUUAUGUAUGAACUAUACAAUGUUUAUACUUUUUAUGUAAGUUUUUACUCAAGUGUACAUAGAGAUGUCAAAUGUGUUGAAGAAUUGUACAAACGCAUGUUAAAUUAUUGAAUAAAUGUAU